CCACCCCCCGGCCUUGUGAGGGAGCUGGUGGGUGGGGAGAUGGCGGGCGGCUGUCCCAGCCCCGCUCUGUGGUAUCACCGGGACCUGAGCCGAGCGGCGGCCGAGGAGCUGCUGGCCCGGGCGGGCAGGGACGGCAGCUUCUUGGUGCGAGACAGCGAGAGUGUGAGCGGGGCCUAUGCCCUGUGUGUCCUGUUUCAGAAGCAUGUGCAUACUUACAGGAUCUUACCUGACGAAGAUGAUUUUCUGGCAGUACAGACUUCUCAAGGUGUGCAGGUGAGACGUUUCAAAACACUGACUGAACUCAUCACAUCCUACCUCCAACCGAACCAGGGCCUGGUCAGCACACUGCUCUACCCAGUAGAAAGGGAGGACAAGAAGGAGACAGCAGAGGACAAGGACUACUCAGAUGGUGAAGAUGAGAAACCGCCAUUGCCCCCUCGCUCUGCCUCCACCAGCUUCAGUGGCAGUGCUGGCACUUGCCUUUCACCAGUGGCACAAGACGGAGCAGCGGACAGUGCAACCAACGGGAUGACAACCAUGUCCCACGAAUAUUUGAAGGCAAGUUAUGUGUUAGACCUGGAGGCAGUGAAAGCAGGUGCUACCAGCCUCCCGCACCUCAACAAAGCAUUAGUGACGUCCUGCAAGAGACUGAACAGUGAAGUCGAUAAAGUCCUGGCUGGCCUGGAAAUAUUAUCCAAGAUAUUUGACCAGCAGAGCUCCCCAUUGCUGACACGACUUAUCCAGCAGGCCAGCAGCCAAGGUGGUGAUCAGGAGUUGGAAAACCUGGUUGUGAAGCUCUCCGUCCUGAAGGAUCUCCUGUCGUCUAUGGAAAGGAAGGCAUUGAAAGCGCUGCAGGAAAUGAGUUCCUGUCCCAGCUUCACGUCGCAGUCUUCGAUGUUCUCCCACACUGUGCCUCGCAAGGCGAAGAGCAUUCCAGUACAAGCUUUUGAGGUGAAACUGGAUGUGAACCUGACUGAUUUAACGAAGAUUGGUAAAUCACAGAAGUAUUUACUUAGUGUGGACGUGGAGGGAGGAAAGCUGGUGGUACAGAAGAAAUCUAAGGACCCACAAGAAGACUGGAACACAUUUACACAUGAUAAGAUUCGGCAGUUGAUAAAGUCACAGCGUGUUCACAGCAAGCUGGGAAUAGUGUUCGAGAAAGAGAAAGAUAAAACGCAAAGGAAAGAUUUCAUCUUUGAAACCACAAGGAAACGAGAAGCGUUUUGCCAACUCCUACAGUUAAUGAAGAACAAACAUUCCAAGCAGGAUGAACCGGACAUGAUCUCUAUCUUCAUCGGCACGUGGAACAUGGGAAGUGCUCCUCCUCCAAAAAUCAUGGCGUCCUGGCUGAUUUCCAAGGGCCUUGGGAAAACACUGGAUGAAACCACAGUCACCAUUCCACACGACAUCUAUGUUAUUGGGACUCAGGAAAACUCUGUUGCAGACAAGGAAUGGGUAGAUUUUGUACGGGGCAGCUUGAAAGAAUGCACUGAUCUAGACUUCAAACCGAUUGCAAUGCAGACACUUUGGAACAUUAAAAUUGUAGUCCUGGUUAAACCAGAGCACGAGAACCGGAUCAGCCACAUCAGUACUUCGAGUGUGAAAACUGGAAUAGCCAAUACAUUGGGUAACAAAGGCGCUGUUGGUGUUUCCUUUAUGUUUAAUGGAACUUCAUUUGGAUUCGUGAACUGCCACUUAACAUCUGGCAAUGAGAAGACUGCAAGGCGGAAUCAGAAUUACUUGGAUAUCCUGCGGUUACUUUCUCUCGGUGACAAACAGUUGAGCUCCUUUGACAUUUCGUUACGUUUCACACAUCUGUUUUGGUUUGGGGACCUCAAUUAUCGGUUGGACAUGGAGCUGCAGGACAUACUCAAUUACAUUAACAGGAAAGAGUUUGAGCCUCUUCAGAAAGUUGACCAGCUGAACCUGGAGAAAGAGAAAAAUAAAAUAUUUCUUCGAUUUUAUGAAGAGGAGAUCACAUUCCCUCCAACAUAUCGAUAUGAGCGAGGUUCCCGGGAUGUCUACGUUUGCCAUAAGCAGAAGCCUACCGGGGUCCGCACAAAUGUCCCAUCGUGGUGUGACAGAAUUUUGUGGAAAUCAUACCCUGAGACCCACAUCAUUUGUAAUUCAUACGGUUGCACGGAUGAUAUUGUGACAAGCGACCACUCACCAGCCUUUGGUACUUUUGAAGUUGGUGUGACGUCGCAGUUUGUAUCCAAAAAAGGUCUCUCCAAGACAUCUGACCAGGCCUACAUCGACUUCGAGAAUAUUGAAGCCAUCGUGAAAACUGCUAGCAGGACUAAGUUCUUCAUUGAGUUCUAUUCUACCUGUCUGGAAGAAUUCAGGAAAAGUUCAGAAAAUGAUACACAGAGCAGUGACAACAUCAACUUUCUGAAGGUUGGCUGGUCUUCAAGGCAACUCCCAACGCUGAAGCCAAUUCUGUCGGAUAUUGAGUAUCUUCAGGACCAGCACCUUCUACUCACAGUCAAAUCAGUGGAUGGUUAUGAAUCUUACGGAGAGUGCUGUAUUGCACUGAAGUCAAUGAUCGGCAGCACCGCUCAACAGUUCCUGACCUCACUGUCGCACAGAGGAGAGGAAACGGGCAACAUCCGUGGGUCCAUGAAAGUUCGAGUGCCAGCAGAGAGAAUUGGAACUCGGGAGCGCCUUUACGAAUGGAUAAGAGUUGACAAGGAUGAAACUGGAGCAACCAAGGGGAAGCCAGGCAGCCGAUCAAGUCAGGACUUAAAAGCAACUUCCAAAAAGCUGGCCUCUGUGGAGAGCAUGGGAAUGCAGCUUGGGAAACACUGUGAAGAGACGGAGAAACCCAGCUGUAUCGCCACGGGGCGUGCACCAGCUCUGCUUCCUGGAGUGGCUGCUGAAGACAGGUCAAAGCAGCAAGAAAUUUACUCCGACGCAGAUGUUCUAUGUUCUAAGAACAGCUUCAACAACCCAGCUUACUACAUCCUGGAGGGAGUCCCACAUCACGCUGCACUCCUGUCACCAGACCACCAGGCCUCAGCAUUUCCCAAGACAGGGCAGAAAAACAAAGGCCAGGCUACACUUGGCCCACAAGAUAGGAAACACCAACAUUCGGGACGCCUUCCGUUAGCGAGUGAGGAGGGGUCACUAUCGGAUGACGAAGGGUUAACCCUUAACCGGCCACCACCUGACUACCCUCCUCCUCCUCUCCCCAAGGUGGUGGACAUAGAUAUGAUCGAUAAUCCUUUCUACGCCUCCUCAACAGAGCUCCAGCGACUCAAAGCCGGGCUGACCAGGGACGAGCCUGACUUGAGGAACCUUGGUGCUAAACACCGGACUCCUGCAGACCCUCUGGAAGGCAAGGCCUCGCUUCCACCAAAAGCCCAUCCCAAGCCGCAGCUGGUCUCCGGCACACCUCACUUGGCCAGUCCAUUCCUGGCUGAUCAAUGCAGCACUUCCUACCAAGGCAUCGUUGACGACCGGUCUUACUCCGCCCUCCAGAUGGCCAAGAGUCUCAGCGAGGUGGACUACCAGGCGGGCAAGACUGAGCCCCUACAGAGAAACCCUCCACUGCCGGUGAAAGGCCAGCCUCCCCGAGGGCUGCUCCCUGACUACAGCAGGCCCACCACCUUCCCUUCACGCUCCAUAAAGGAGAGCAUCGAAGAGGACAUGGCUGAAGAGGCUUCAUGUCAAGCAAGCAGCACCAGCUCCAGUCUGUCCUAUGACUCCAGUGUAGGCAACUGGUUGCGUCGCCUGGGCCUGGAGAGGUAUGAAGAUGGACUGAUCCAUAAUGGUUGGGACGACUUAGAAUUUCUAAGCGACAUAACAAAGGAUGACCUGGAAGAGGCUGGAGUUACAGAUCCUGCUCACCAGAACGUUCUGCUGGAGAGUUUGCAGCAACCUGGAAAAUAACUUGCUGGGUUUUAUGUUGUUUUUUUUUAAGUGCCUUAGGAAGACAUUUUUUUUCACUUGAUAAACAGUAGCUCCGAAACUCCAGAAACAAUAUUAAAAAGGAAGAACAUAAACCCAACUGACCGGUCCGGAUGAGGGCACUUACUGCCCCAAGCACUGAUUGUAGGACUAACCAUACUGCGGAGUACUGAGCCUGCCAUUUCUUCCAGUCUGUCCUAUUUAUCCACUCUUCCCUUCACGUCAUUGGGUGUCUCUGGCCCUGCAAUUAACACAGGGGAAUUCAAUGCAUUUUGUUAUCUUUUAUAUGAAAACAUUAGGUGAGAAUCACCUCCAUGUUCUCCGGGAGGACGCAGAAAAGCAAUGCAAUGAUGCCAAAUCAAUUGGAAACUAGGGAGUCCCGUUAAUGCAGCUUCUGUCGGUUGAGGGCGAGAGGUGGGCAGUGAUGACUCCAUUGACAGUGCACAGCCUGCUGUGCCUAGAAACACCAUCUGUGGGUUUGUCAUCGAAUUUGUCUGCCCAGGGGAAGAGGGGAGAUGGUGGCAUCAACUGUGGGUCCAGCAAUUGCCUUUAGCUUUUUGUGGCAUGGGGAGGCAAUCGUUUAGGUUUAGUGUUGGGAUGAUGAGACGCCCACCAAUAGUUAUUAUGCACCUGUGCUGUGCUGUGUUGGAAUAAAGGAAAGAAGGGCAGGUUGUGAAAGUGUGGGCUCAGUCUGGGUUUUGCAGAAGUCAGAAUCUGAAUCUCAAGUGUUUAUCAAAAUAGAUCUACUCUUCUGAUUGUGGUCAAAUGGAUCCCAUUUAGUAUUCUGUGGGACAAGGUGGGAGCAGGAGGGUGAAAGAGAGAGACCGGAUGGAGAGAAUAUGGGAAAUGGUGUUAGGAAAGUGCAGAGGUAUCUGCUUUUCCCCUUCACCACAAAAGGAAAUGUUUGAGUCUCUGUUGCACAGUGAGAGCUGGGAUGGAUGACAAUCAGCUUCUGCUCUGCCAGAAGCAGAAGGAAGUCAGGAAAUGUUCUGCAUUUCUUCAGCUUAUAUCUUUUCCCUUGUCCUUAUGCUCUCAUCAUCCUGUCAUCCUGCCGAGGGAGGAAGUGAGGAAAGACAGGAACCUGCUCACGGCCUGCAAGUGAUCACGUACACCUUUGUACAGUGGCUGCCUUUGUGUGACUGGAAGCAGGAGUUGGUUCAGUCUUGUUGUGCUCUACCUGUUUAUAGGAGCUUCUUCUCUUGUACCUGAAAUCGUAGUAUGGGUAAAAUAAGUCCUUAUCAGUCACACUGGUGGGGCUGGACACAAUUCAGCAAUUGCCUAGGUGAAAUGAGUUUGAACAGUCUCGAUGGUGUUUGUGGAUUUGGACCUGCAAUGUAAAUUUGACAUGAAUCUCUCAGACUACAGGAUCAGUGGUGUGAAAAAUGACCCACCCCCAUCCCUGCCCACCCACCCCCUGUUAUUUUGAAGUCAAUCUCUGUCCCCUACCUUGCGUUUCCCAGGUCUGCACAGUUCCCAUCAGACUGGAUCGGGUAGUGUCCUCGGUUUCCUGAUCUAUGAGUGCCAGAUUUCCACAGCAAUUUGUGCAGGAAGGCAAAGCAUGGUAGGAAUCUGGAACUCUGCCAAAUCUCAAGCUUAACCGCUCAGCCCCCCCCACCCUCCGCAGUCUGGCAGGCCUGUGGGCAUUAACUGUAACAGCAGGACUAAGGGAAAGUUGUUUCUGGAAAAUGGAAUGGGUGAGCAUUCCCAGUUUGUUUCCUUGUUGUGCAAAAUGUCUUGUUCAAUCUGCAUUUAUUGGAUGCACCUGAAAUCUGGAACAGCUGGUUCUGUUGCACAGUCUCUGGUUAACUUUGCUUGCUUUGAUAUAUAGUGUCCUGUCUAGAUUCUGUACCAGCGUCAAUCAAUCAAACAAACACUCCCCCUCUUGGCUCAGUGGGCAGCACUCUCUCACGUCAUGGGUUCAAGCCUGAUUCCAGAGACUUGAGGGCACAAUGCAGACUGACACUCCCAGCGCUGCAAGGUCGGAAGUGCUGUCUUUUGCAUGAGACGUUAAGCCUUGUCGAAUGGAUGUAAAACAUCCCGCGGCAGUAUUGGAAGAAGAGCAAUGGAGAUUCUCUCUGGCAUCCUGGCCAAUAUUUGUCCCUCAACCAACACCUGAAACAGAUUUUCUGGUCAUUUCCUCAUUCUGUUUGUGGAAGCUCGCUGCAGUUAGUUUGUGUGCAGCAUUUCCUACAUUACAACGUUGAGUGCACUUCCAGGUACUUCACUGGCUAUAGAGCACUUUGAGAUACCCUGAGGUCAUGAAAGGCACGAUAUAAAUGCAUUUAUUUCUCUCCCCUUCAUCCUCUCACUUCCUAGCUCUCGACUCUCUCUCUCUCUUCUGUUUCCCACAGCUCUCAUCUCCCCCACCCCCAUCCCCACCCCCCCGCCGACCGCCAUCCCACAACCGCAUUCCCAGAUUAACUAAACUGCCAGUAGUGACCUGAAUGCAGGUUCUACGUCAAACCCAAUAAAAAUAACGAAAGGAAAAUUUGCACUCACUUUUGCUUUUGAAUGUAAUUUGCCUCACCCUCACUGUACAGACACCUCCAUGCUGUGCAGUGUUGUUUAAAUAUUGAAUAAUUGAUGGUGCAGAGUUGUGAAAAGUGUUUUGCUGUUAUUGAGAACUCCUGUGUGAGAAAUAUCUAUUUGUUUCCUGAAUGAGGGGCUGUUUUUAAAACCGGGGCCCCCCCCCCCCCCCCCCACCUUUCAUAGCACAGUGAUUCUGCAGAGGUUCCUAUAGGGAGACGCGUUCAUCCCCUGGCUGCUCUGACUGAGUUUCUCUCGCCCUGGAUGGCUUGAGGUAAUUUUGUCAAAGGUAUCACUGUGUUGCCUGCUCAGCUUCAUCUCACUUUGCAGGUUUCUCAUAUCGCAGCCUAGUAAACAUUGGACCGGAGCACAGUUAGAUUCAGAACAGGAGGCAGCCAUUCAGCCCCUCAUGACUGCUCCAGUGUUUGGUUUGGUCCCAGCUGAUCAUUUUCCUAUCAUUGUUCCAUAUCCCUUGAAACCCUUACCCAACAACAAUCUAUCCACCUCGGCCUUGAAGGCUCCUGUUAACCCCCAACACCGUUUUCUUGGGGGCAGGAGGAAAGACCCUUUUUCUGAGAAAACCAAAAGGUAGUAAGAAUUUGUAACACACCAGGGUCAGGGACUGAGCUAUUUGCACUUUUGGCUUGUUGUUUUGUUCCGGACUGUCUGGUGCUAAGAAUACAGUGACACUCAUUCUGUGCUGACAGUGUUCCCUCAUUCAGAGGUGCUGAGUCCAGUUCAAUGUUGCUUUUUUUUCCCUAAGUCUUUUCUCCAGAUGUUUGUUUUAAAAAAAAAUUUAAAACACCUCAACCUUUUUUAGAAUAAUUAUGAAUUAAGUUGCGUGAACUGCCAGAAGCUGAGAUGUCAAGUCUUUGUAUAAUCAUCUUUUAUUUUGCUUUUAAUGUAUUGUAACUGUAGCUAAGUGGAGGAGUUUGUGCAGUUGCUUUUAUCUGUGAUAUUUAAUGCAAUUAUGCCAAGGUUUUUAUUGCCUUCCCUGUUUGCUCCGUCCCCGACCUGUCUCUCUUUUCUUUGAUGUGCAUUGGUGAGAAGCACAGAGUUGCUGUUUUAGCUGUGACACAAUCCUGGCAAGAACAGCAAAAAUCAGGUGACAAGGACAUAGCGUGUGUGUGCACACGCGUGUUGUGCAUGUUCCUUUUGUUUAGUGAAGUUUUGUAUUUUUAAUGACUUAAUUAUGUCUGUAUAAUACUGUUUAAAACUAAAGCUCUUUUUAACAACA